UUGUUUGUUUGUUUGUUUGUUUGGUUGUUUUUUUCCAGAUUGAGUGGCUGUAACCUUUCCGAGAGAAGCUGUGAAGCUCUGUCCUCAGUUCUCAGAUCCCAGUCCUCUAAUGUGAGAGAGCUGAACCUGAACAAUAAUAACCUGCAAGAUUCAGGAGUGAAGUUUCUGUCUCUUGGAGUGGAGAUUCCACAUUGUAAACUGGAAUCUCUCAGACUUAGAGGUUGUAACCUUUCAGAAAGAAGUUGUGAAGCUUUGUCCCCAGUUCUCAUAUCCGACUGCUAUAGUCUCAAAGAACUGGACCUGAGUGACAACAAUCUGCAGGACACAGGUGUGAAGCUUCUGUCGCUUGCAGCAAAGAGUCCACACUGUAAACUACAGACUCUAAGAGUGAGUCAUGGUAAUCUCACAGAGAGAAGUUGUGAAGCUCUGUCCUCGGUUCUCAACUGCCAGUCCUCUAGUCUGAGAGUGUUGAACCUGAGUAACAACAACCUGCAGGAUUCUGGCGUAAAGCUUCUGUCUGCUGGACUGAAGAGCCCACACUGUAAACUAGAAGUUCUUGUAAGCUCUGUCCUCAGUUCUCACCUCCCAGCCCUCUAGUCUGAGAGAGCUGGACCUAAGUGACAAUGACCUGGGGGAUUCAGGAGUUAAGCUGCUGUCUUCUGGAGUGGAGAGUACACUCUGUAAACUGGAAAUUCUCAC